AGAAUUGACAAGUCUUUAAUACAACAUUUAUACACAGGCCCUCAUUUGUCAACAUAAAAACGCAGCCUAAAUGUGUUAAUAUUAUCAAGAUUUAUCUAAUUCGGAUUUUAAAAAACGGGGAUAUGUUAAGUCGAAAAUGUAUUGAAUGUUUAGCAAGGUGCUACGACUCCUCUACGUCUGACAGAUGGAAAUUAUGCAAUGAUGUUCUUCUGCACCUGCAAGUCCCCCUCCCCUGCACACACACAUAACACAUUGAUAGUACAAGGGAGGAGGACAUUCGGGUGGAGCAGCGUUGCGUGCUGCAGCGGAAACUCUGUAGGUCGUUAACGCGCGCGGUUCGUCUGUUGCAGAACAGGUGUAGGUCGGUGUGUGUGUGUGAAUAAGAUAGACGACAAUGAGCCGUAGCUGGUGUGUAUGUGUGUGAGAGGAGCAGGAGUAGAAGAGAGAAAGAGAGAGACAGACAGACAUGGAGGACUCUGAGUCUGGUGGAGAAGAUGGUAUGGUCGGCGGCUGGCGGUGGAAUAACCGAAACACCGGGGCUCGAGACCAGACUCAGCUAAGGCAGAAGAUCCGGGAUUUACCGGGACUGUUGAAACAUGGACUGCACCUAAGGAAGAAAAGCCAGUCACCGGAUACCAUCCCCGGACCCAGCACCAGCCCUACUGUUCACAAGUCCUGCUCCCAGAGCUUCCCGUGUGCAGGGCGUGCUGUGAGGAAUGCGUUCCUGUCUCAUGGUCCGUACCCUGCUAAAGACAAGAUUCACCUCGCCAGGAUCAUAAGGCGGAGCUACGUGGGUGUAGAGCUGGUUCAGUGGCUGUGUGAGCAGUGUGUGUACGUGCGCUGUCGGAGUAUGGCCGUGCGCGUCUGGCAGGUCCUACUGGAGCUGGGCAUCCUACUGUCUGUGGACCAGCGUGUGGUGUUUGGGGACUCUAACUCCUACUACCAGUUCAGCUUUGAGGAGUGUGAGUCUGCAGCCUGCGAGUUCUGCAGCCUGGAGAAGGAGGCAUGGCCAGAGGCUGUUAGGCUCCUCCUACAGCUCGUCCCAUACGUCCAGUUCAGAACUGGGUCUGAGGAGGACUCGGAGGGGAACAGAGAUGUUUGCGGGGACAGCUUUCUCCAGAUGAAAGCACUAGAGAGACUCACCUCCACGGUCCAGAAUGAGUUGGCUGCUGCUCUUGCCCGCAAGGCUCGCAAAACCAUGGCAGAGCAGGAUGGCCAAGAGUCACCAGACUCCACUCCUCGACAGACACCCACACCCAACGAGGAGAACACCAUGUCCCGUUCCUUACAGCUGGGGGGGGGGUGUGUACGGCCGGACGGUGUGUGUGGCCGCGAGGAGCUGACCAGACAAGAGCUGGUCCAGAGACUGGCUGCAGACAGCUGCAGACUGCUGCAGAACCAGAACUACAGAGUACCAGACCACCGCAACCCCACCGGAGAGGCAGUAGGGAGGGUGUGUCUUAAGGAAAGGGGUCGGGACGUCCUUGUGCUACAGAGAGUGCCAUCAUCAGUGACAUCGCCUAACCCCGCUUCCUCGCCAUCAUCAGUGACAUCACCUAACCCCGCUUCCUCGCCAUCAGGGGGAGGGGCCAGAGAGGAGGACGGAGAGAAGAGGUAUGUGGUGGUGUCUGGAACACCCCUGAAGAUUCUAGAACACCUUCUGAGUGACCUACGACUGGAUGACCAGAGAGGAGCACCGGAGAGCAGAGUGUCUGAGCUGCUGCUGGAUGACUUCUUGUUGACGUACCUAGUGUUCAUGACGACCAACGACCUCUGUCAGGCCCUGCUCGGACACUACAGCAGUAAGCGUGUGCAUGGUCAAGGUCAGGAGGAUGGAAAGGAGGCCCUCUAUAGGAAGAGGAAAGUAUUACACCUAGUUGCUCACUGGACACGCCUAUAUAAGGACUUCCUACGAGAGGACGAACACAUCAAGGCAUUCAUGAAGACUCUCUCCAGGUGUGUGUUAGAGGAUCUUUAUGAGUUUCCGUCUCUGGAGAAAGACAUGAAGGAGUUCAUGUACAGCACAAGGACGCCAUUGUUUAUGAGACAUGAGCACAGCCUACGGUUUGUCUCAAAAAUGGAGUUGUUUAUUUGUUUCUCUGUUUGUUUUUGUUUCAGCACAGUGGAUGAAUGUCCUCCACAACAAAAGAGUAAGCCUCUGUUCCAGCAGCUCAGUUUAAAGGAGAACAGUCUGCCACUCCGCUUCCCUCGGGCUGACACCAAAGAGGUGCUGUGUCGUGUGUAUGUGAGUGCUGAUUCAUACCUGUGUGUUUACACACACUCCUUGCUGAGCGUGGCAGAGCUGCUGAGGAUUGUGGGUCAGAAGAUGGACCGACCAGAGGCAGACAUGGUGCUGGUGACACACACACCUACUGGAGAGAGGAGGAUUUUACAGGCUGGUCAAUAUGUGUAUUCUGAGACUUUGACGCCACAGAGCAAACUGAUGGUCUGUCGGAGGGACCUCACACAUAUUAUGGCUCCUCUAACAGACAGUGAGCUGAGUAGGAGAACAGUGAAGUUGCUGGGUAUGAACACCUGGGAUAUGGCUGCUGUUCUCACACAACUGGACUGGAACCUCUUCAACUCCAUACACGAGCAGGAGUUGGUGUAUUCUACAAUGAGCUGUAGUACCGGAGGCAGCCACCGGGAGGGGCUAUCUGUAUUGCUGCAGCGCUGCAACGAGGUCCAGCAGUGGGUCAUGUCUGAGGUCCUGAUGUGUGUGUCACUCAACAAACGAGUCCAGUUGCUCAAGAAGUUCAUCAAGAUUGCAGCGCACUGUAAGGCCCAAAGGAACCUGAACUCAGCAUUUGCCAUAAUCAUGGGACUCAACACAGCAGCCGUCAGCAGACUCAACAUAACCUGGGAUAAAGUUCCGGGGAAAUUCAAGAAGAUCUUCUCUGAACUGGAGCUGAUCACAGACCCGUCUCUGAACCAUAAGGCCUACAGAGAUGCCUUCAAGAAGAUGAAGCCUCCUAAGAUCCCCUUCAUGCCCCUGCUGUUGAAAGAUAUCACCUUUAUCCAUGAGGGAAACAAAACCUUUCAGGACAACCUGGUCAACUUCCAGAAACUGCACAUGAUCGCCGACACAGUGCGUCUGAUUCGCCACUGCCAAAGCGACCAACUCGGUAAUGAGGUGGUGGGGAGCGACAGUGCAGAGGUCAGGGCGAGCGUUCACUACCUCCACAUCAUCGACAAUCAACAGACACUGUUCCAACUGUCACACAAGCUGGAGCCUCGUGCCUGAACACACACACAGAAAAUACACUUUGUGUUGAAGGUGCCAUGCAAGCCACCGGCUCUUAGCCAAUCACAGUUCAGCAUCCUGAUUCAGCCAGCCAACCACAGAGCUGCACACUGAGACGGCGGUCAGACUGAAAAUGUAUAUCUGUCAACCUGAUUCAGACUUUUUUCUAUGAAGGUCAAACUUUGACGGACGACAAAGACCAAGGAGAAGACAGACGGCCGUUCUUUAUUGUUCUAUCAUGAAUACUGUUUUUAAGCUACUCUCCAGAGGAGUUUGUACAGUUACUGAGAUUGUGUUUCUGGUCUUAAGUUAACAGUUAGUUUCAUUGUAUAUUAAUGAUCCUCAGUAGGGAAACAGUCAAAAGACUGUAGUGUAGAUAGUAACUGUUAGUAUAUGACUGGAAAUCAUGCAGUAGAUGUACAGCAGAUGUAUACUGUAUGUGUUCAGGCCACAUGGUGAGAUAUGACUCUGGAUGACAGUGGCAAAUGUCCGGAUGGGGGAGAGAUGCCAUAUACAGAUUACACACAUCCCUUUUUAUUUGUACCUGUAGAAACCACAAAGCCCUCAUAAUUUCUGCUCCUGUCAUACCACAACAUAAAGGUCCUACUAUUACACUUUGUUAUUGGGCGUUAAUACCACGGUAUUAUAGAGAUUAUUACAUUGUUAUUACACUUUUACUGACUGAAGAGCUGUUUCAAUGCCUGUUACACACAGAUUUCACUAAGCAACAUUGCCUUGGUUCAAACCCAGUCAAUGCAUUCAACACUGAUCAAGUACAUCACUGUUAAGGCCUG